AUGCCGCCGCCGGAACCAACCAAGCUGGGUAUGUCUCCUCACUCCCCCGGAUACCUCCGCGUCCUGGUCCACCUCCAAUCCCACCCAGAGCACACCGAUGAGCUGCGCGACGAAAUGUCCACAUGGGACAGUGUCAUUGCACUUCAGCUCCCACUCACGUCCGAAAAAGCCUUAGCCGCUUUCCCCCUCCUUUCCCUGCUUCACUGGGGUCCUCUCUACAGCAGCGACAGUCCCAUCAUCCUCGCUCCUUCCGGUCUCCAUCCUUUGGACGUUCGAUGCAGCCUGCCUCAAGUCGCCGCUCCACCACCACGGAAAUCUCCGGCACCCCGGACCGCCACAACAGCACAACCAAUUCCAUCAGAGCCAGUCCGCCCCGUCUUUACAACGAUCCGUUCGUCUGCUGCAACCACGUUGUUUCCUAUUCAGCACUGGGCCAACAAACCAGCCGUACCCCACACGUCCAAUACAGUAGCCACAACUGUCCCGCCACAACAAGCCUUCACCCGCACUAAAGUCAAGAGAAUCCGGUUUACAAUCUGGCAUUGGGUCCCUCCACGGGAAUACACCACUGCGUCAUGCGCCCCUGAACCAUCGUCACUCCAAGCCCACCACUCUCACCACCGGUAUACGGCCCACACACAACUGCCAUCAGUGGGCAUUCGAGAGCUGAAGCACGGCUUUCUCUUCCGCAAUUGGGUAUCAACGAGCAACAUUUUUGGCCUUUGUGGUCAUGCCCAGGAUUUGGGUUUCCCUUCAUUCCACUGCCCAUCCUCCGGUGGUCGAUGCGUCCACCCUCGACGCCCCCCGCGGAAGCCAAUUAUUGGAACCACUCGUCACAACCGCCAACAACGACUCCGCAGUGGACGACCCACCACCCUCCCCUCCCCCCGUUACGUCCGCCGGGUGAAAACCACCUAG